AUGGAACUAAUUCAUCAGUCAUUACGGCAUGAAACAUUGCUAAUUACAGUAGAAGACCUCCCUGAUGAAGUUUUGGAGUUUAUAUUGAGCUUUUUGCCUCCAUAUAAGGAUCUCCAAAAUUGUAUGGCUGUUUGCAAAAGGUGGUGUGGUUGUGCUCAAAAUGUUUUGCGUAAAACGUCCACCAAACUUGUAAAAGCUAUUGCAGAAUUUAAUAUAUUAUGGAAAAACAUGACUGCAACUGAUAUAGUGCCUACUAUAACUAAAAGGUUUUCACAUGCAGCAUGUAUUCUUGAAAAUAACAUGUAUAUAUUUGGAGGGUGUACUACCAAUGCCACUUCAUUCAAUGAUCUUUGGAUGUUUGAUUUAUCAAAGAGACAAUGGAUCAGGCCUUUAGCAACAGGAACAUAUCCUGUACCAAAAGCUUACACAUCAAUGGUGACCUAUAAAAACUGUUUAGUUGUUUUUGGAGGUUGGACUUAUCCUUCACUCUCACAACACUACCAGAAUGUUACUAUGUUUAAUGACAUACAUUUUUAUUGUGUUAAUACAAAUAAGUGGAUUCUUAUAAAUACUUCUAACCCUCCACCACCAAUGGCAGGACAUUCAGCUUGCAUUAAAGGAGAUGAAAUGAUUGUAUUUGGUGGGCUAAUUAUGUCAGCAGCACAAAAUUACCAAAUACAGUGUUCUAAUGAUGUGUGGGUACUUGAUAUCGCUACAUUCAGUUGGAGAAAACAAGCAACAACUAAGCCUCGUCCAUCACCACGUUAUGCUCAGUCACUCAUAAGUUUGGACUCUGACAGACUAAUGCUAUUAGGUGGUGUGCAAACUUUGCAUAAUCGGUUUGUUUACAGUGAUUGUUGGAUAUUAACCAUGAAAGGUCCAACAUGGACAUGGAAGGAAAUUGCAGUAAGGAAUAAAGAAUGGGCUGCAGCUAAUAUUUGGUGCAAUCCAGCCUGUAGGGUUGGUGAUAAAGUUGUUAGUCUUAGUAGAAGCAGGCAUGGUUGGAAUGGUGCAAAACCAUUGGUCACUUCAGCUGUUAGAUUAUCUGCUCUAAGUAGGCCUGAAAGUGCUCCUGUAUCCGUAAGGAUAGAACAGAGUUUACAGAGACCUUUAGAUCGGGAUCAGAAUAUAAAUGGAAGACGUGGAGUGUUACCAAGACAACCCUUAACUAGGCAAGCACUAAUUAAUGCUAGUAAUGAGCCGAUAGCAGGUCCCAGUAAUGAGCAAGAAAGGGACAAUAAUGCUGAAGCAACUAAUGAGAAUGCUAUUCCAGAUAUAAAUAAUACUGCAGGCCAAAGUAAUAAUGUCAUUGAUUUGAAUAAAAAAGAUGCAAUUAUGAGGAAAAAUAAAAUGAAGAAUAAAGGAAUGAAAAUAGUGCGUCAACUACAGGAAGCUAAUAAGUAUCGGAUGGCUGCAUUUGCAUGUGAUUUAUCAGCAAGCAACAUACUAAAUGAAAAUGAUCUUAUAAACCAAAGACAAUUAGCGCAUUUAGAAAACAGAUUGGAAGCUCAUCCUCCUCAGGCUGUAGAAAAUCAAAAUAGACAACCUGCAGUAAAAAAGCUAAAACGAAAUACUCUUACAAUGCAUGUACUGGAUAUUUCUACGGUUGUUGAUGGCAACAGCAUGAAUUAUGUAUCAUGGUUAUGCCCUCGACUGGGAGAAAUGAAUGGAGCUCCAGAAGAGCUAGUUAUGUACUCUUUGGUUAAAGGAAAUGGUGAACUAAUAAUGUUUGGGGGAGUACACAAUGACAUCAGUAUUUUAAACUACUCGGAACAGCAAAACAUGUACUCAAACUCUUUACAUUUUAUCACACCUCCAAGAGACAUUAUAUAA